AUGCUGCCAUUCGGUAUGGGCACCUGGAGCGGGUCCAAGGUGUACCAGGCCGAUCGCAUGCUGCGCACUGCUGGCACGUCCGCUACCAACGAGCACACACACGGUCAAGGACCCUCAGCAGCCACCAAGGUGCUCAAGGAGCUCCCAAAGAGGUCGUCUGAUAUGGCAAUGGCUAUUGGGAGUGAAAACAUAGUCAACGUGAAUUUGGUGAGCCUCGUCGUAUGUAUGUCCGUCUAUGUGUGCACCCUUGUGUCUCCGGCCAUGCAGCUCGUGGAGGCCCGCCAUAAAAACCAGAAGUCCAUGUUUUUCGAGAUGGACUACUUUGAUCAAGACGCUGCGGGGUUUCUUGAACAACACUGGGGGAAGGGGGGGUCGACAGUCAUGCUGGAGGAGGAGGCAAUCAAAGAGAUGACUUUUCCAGUCGUUGUCACUCUGAGGGACCUCUUCCACUCUGGGUUUGUAUCGCACGGGUCAGCACCCGAGACAACAAGACAAGCCUCUGCUCUGCUGUGUCUGGUCGGAUCACUUUUAUCUCCCCCACUGAGCAGGGAUCUGAAAUUGACAAACUUCCUGAUUGAGCAGCGAGAGGAUGGCACGGUGCCAGUGAUGAAGCUGAUCGGUAGGCUGUGUAGCCUUUCUCCAGGCUUGUGUCUGCUCUUCUGUCCGCAAAUUGUCUGUCUGUCUGUCUGUCUGUCUAUUUUUAUUGUUUCAGGGGCGAGGACAGCAGCAGCAGCAGCAGCAGGAGAGAUAGCGGCCGCCUGGCUCGACGCGGACCCACCGAAGAAGGACCCCGACUAG